GGUGUGAACGAUAAUCUUGGCGCCAUACGCUGGGAAUUUCCUGAUGCUGACGUUGGUGCAUAUUUGAUCCGUUGUAUUGUUUGGUUUGUGGUGUGUUACAUAUGGAUCGAGUUUUAAGGUGUAAUGGAAAUAAUACUUGUAGUUAUAAGAAUUGAAUGAAAACGUAUUAUUUAAAAAAAAUGGAACAUAUACACAUCAAAAUUUGCGCUAGGUUUGGAGUUUGUUUUUGUGUUUUUAACCUCUAAACUUCGGAAGCUAGGUGCACACUGGGAACUGAAAAUGGUAUUGCGGAUGUGGGCAUCAGUUGUUUGAAAUUAUUCUUAUUAAUGAUGCCAAAUGUACGCGAUAUUGAAGGAAGUAUAUGGGUGGAAAUUUCAGUAAGAACACUCCUGGCUUUGAUUUUCAUUGAACUGGAAGGCGCAACGCCUUUUACGCGGAAGAUUCAGCCAGAUGAACUGUGGUUAUAUAAAAAUCCAAGGAGUGACAGUUAUGUUCCAACAAAUGUGUUGUGGCCUCUUGUAUUUGUUACCCCAACUGCAGUAAUCCUAUUAGUAUUUUUACUUCAAAAAGACAAGACAGAUGUUAGCCAAGCAAUUCUUGGCUGUUCUUUGGGAUUAUCAUUAAAUGGAGUAUUCACCAAUAUUAUGAAAUUAAUUGUGGGUCGGCCAAGACCUGAUUUCUUUUGGAGGUGUUUCCCCGAUGGAGAAGUGAACCCAGAGCUGAAGUGUACAGGCGAGGAGUCUGUCAUUAUUGAGGGGCGCAAGAGUUUCCCCAGUGGUCACUCUUCUUUUUCAUUUGUGAGCAUGGGAUUUAUCGCGUUUUAUCUGGCUGGAAAACUUCACAUUUUCAACUCCAUUGGUAGAGGCAAAUCAUGGCGUUUAUGUGCCUUCCUUCUUCCUCUAUCUGUGGCACUGGCUGUAGCAUUGAGUCGAACAUGUGAUUACCAUCAUCACUGGCAAGAUGUUCUUUGUGGCUCACUACUGGGUAUUUCAAUUUCUUACCUGUGCUACAGGCAGUAUUACCCUAGCCUCACAUCCAUUCACUCUCACAGACCAUAUGCAGCCAUAACACCUCACCUGGAACUGGAGACAGUCCAUAGCAGCCAGUCUUCUGUUCAAAACGAAGAGCAGAUAAAGUGGAUUUAAUCAGAAAGGUUAUUGUUUCAUCAGCUCUCAGAGUGAAUGAGGGUUGAAAAUGGAUACAAUGCAAGAGCUGCGAAGUAAAAAAUCGUAUAGAUGUCCAGUCAUGUUAAAAAACACUGAGGACAAUGUUUACACAAACAUUUUUCAAAGUAUUGAAUGCUAAAUAAAAGAAGAAAUAAAGGCAGUCCAAUUAAGUGGGAAGAAUGCUUUCUACUUGCAAACUGAUGUAAGUAUUUCGGAAUCUCAACAUGCAUUUACGACAUACCUAUUUCUACAUGACUUUGUAAUUUGGCGAAAGAAUAUACCUGACAAAGCAUUCAAAUGCCACUCCAUAACAGUUUUUAUGAAUUUUUGUGUUAUGUUCAGAUUCACUUUUAUUUUUAAUUUUUUUACUAAUGUGAAAACUGUGGACCAAGAAAGAAUGUACUGACACUUACUAGAUGUGACUGAAAGAGUUAGCCUAUGCCACUUGAAACAGCCUGGAACUGAGUGAGCUCUGAGGGAAUGCAUUUACAUAACACCACGGUGCUGGCACAACAAGUAUGGUCCAACAUUUGCAGUAGCAACUAGGGAAACUUGUAUGUCUGUCACGUAGCCAGCUACAGAGUUCUCUAGUUCUUUGUGUUUUUUUUUUCACUUCAUUUUAUUAAACUGGUCAUAGUUAAAGUGUAAUGUAAUGAAAAGUUGGGCUUCAGAGUUGUAUAUGUAUGGUGUUUAAUAGUGUUCAAUUGAGCACUUCUUUGAUAUAUUGGUGGCUAUGUUUUCAGUAUUUCUAAUUGCUGGUGUGCCAUGGAAGCCUAAGUUAUAAUGUCACUAUGUUGUUUUAUUUCAUAUAUGAGUAAAAUACACCAUUCCAGAUCAUUGUUAUUGUAAUUCAAAAACUUGGUUUCAAAGAUUUUUCUUAAUUUAUUCCUUGCCAUAAAAUGCUCUGAGCAUAAAGGUAGAUGAUUUAUUUUAAUUUUCUUGUACUGCUACUAAUGUGAUAUUUUAUGUACAGUAUUUCUUGUAUUUCCUGUGAUGCUUUUAUUGAGACUGAAUACUGUUUAAUGAUUAUUUAAUCUACAGAAAUAAAAAUAUAUCAUUAUG